GCCACGGGUUCCAUCUUCAUCAGUGGUCGAAAGCGCAACACAGGCAGCAUGAAGCUCGUCCGGUUCCUCAUGAAGCUCUCGAACGAGACGGUGACCAUCGAGCUCAAGAACGGGACGGUCGUGCAUGGCACGGUCACCGGCGUCGACAUUAGCAUGAACACGCACCUGAAGGCCGUCAAGAUGACGGUCAAGGGUAAGAACCCGACGUCGCUCGACUCGCUGAGCAUCCGUGGCAACAACAUCCGCUGCUACAUUCUGCCCGACUCGCUCAACCUCGACACACUCCUCAUUGACGACACGCCCAAGCAAAAGGUCAAGGCCACGGGGGCCGGCGCCAUGGCCGCCAAGGGCCGCGGCCGAGGCCGUGGGCGCGGUCGUGGGCGCGGUCGCCCGUAAUCGUAUGCGCGACUAUGCUCUUCUAAUCCAUCGUGUUAUGUAUAAGCGUUGCCAUCUCGAGAUGCACAACGCGGGAUCGAGCCUUUGGGCCAUCGUCCCCUG